CUGUUUUAUGCCAUGCAAGUCAGGAUAAGCUUAAGAUUUUAGAAAAUAGAUAACUGAUGCCAUUGCCAUAUAUGAAAAUUACAGUCCAUAAUGACAUAGGUAGUUUUGAUCAUAACAGACUGCCAAGAAGCAUUUUUCCUCUCGUGAGAGAUCGACGCGCGGCCCGCGAACCAGCUCACGAGGGACGCGUGACUCGCAGAUAACCGCAAGUCUUCGCGAGUCAGUAGAGAUUGUAAGUUCAAACCAUAGCUUGAAGUUCUGUCUGACCAACAAACCAUAACAAAAUGAGCUGUCCAUCGUUUGUGCGUGAUCAAAACAAGUGAAGUCUAUUCAGACAGAAAGGAAUUGAAAUACAGACCUUAAAGCAGUACUCUUUUGUUCUGAUCAAUGUUUUAGUGACACCUGAUCAACGAGCUUAAACGGAGUGCCUCAGGGUCACAAUCUUAGGAAUCAGUAUCCAAGACAAAAUGACAAAGGCUCUUAAAACAACGUUCCAUGAUUGGUUCUAAUAAGCGAAAAGAUUAUCAUAAUAAACAGCCACGAUUCCAAGAAGACCUAAAAAAAGAAAGUCACAAGACUUCAUUGUCCCGAGUCGAGUUCGGCGAAAACCUUGCUUUAUUCGCUUGUUUCUGAACACGACAUGGAUGUCAAAACGUUGCUCCAUAAUCUCCGUGAAGAAGUGUGCUGCUCGGUGUGUUCGGACAUAUUUACCGAUCCAAAACAGCUGCCAUGCUUACACAGUUUCUGUCUGCACUGCUUGAAACAAUGGCAUAGGACGAGCCAUGGCCGCGACACCAUCAGAUGCCCGAAAUGUCAACUUGUUAGCAAAGUACCUGAAAGAGGUGAUCUGAAGGAUCUUCCAACCAGUUUUUAUCUGAAUGGCUUGAUUGAUGUGCUGGCAAUAAAAGAGUGCCGAAGCAGCCAAGUGAGAUGUGGGAACUGCGAGAAGAAAAGCUCCGAGACUUCUUACUGUUUCCACUGUUGCAUAUUUUAUUGUCAAGAGUGCGUAACUGGACACAACAUCAUGCGAAACAAUAAAGAUCACCGUGUUCUGGCGCUGAAUGACUUUCAAGACAUGGACUAUGAGGAUGUGCUAAAGCGACCUGUGUUCUGUGCAAAACAACGGCACGAGAAAGAAGAGCUAAAGUACUUUUGUAAGAACUGUGAACUGGCGGUCUGCCAAACUUGUGUCACCCUCAGCCACAGCGGCCAUGCUUUAGAGCACAUAGAAGAAGAAGCUGAAAGACAAAAGAUUGAAAUGAAAUCAAUGAUUGAAACACAGAGGCGUAAUUUACAAGCAAAGAUGGACGCUGUUACUAAACUUGAUGAAGACUACGCGAAGCUGAUACAACAAUGCGAAGAGGUGAAGAGAGACGUUCAGGGAACUGUGGACGAUUUAAUUGCCAAUAUUGAAGCGAAGAAGCAAAAUAUUUUUGCAGCGGUGGAAGACCAAACAAAGAAAUCACUCGACAGUCUAACAACCCAAAAGAGCGAAACCGAGAAUCAAAUAGAGGAGAUCAAAUCAUCGUUGGAUAAAGCUGACAAAGUUUUGACACGAAGUGCAAACGCUGAAGUCGUUCAAGUGAAAAAGUCAUUACAAACAAUCUUGAAGGGAGUCGAUCAAACUACUAAGCCAUCUAAGCGUGAUCUCAAAGGUCUGCCCAUUUUGGUUUUCGUGGAAAAUCAAAAGAUGUUAGAGACUGUCAACGCCGAAGAAAUUGGAACACUAAAACUACUGCAGCAAACUGAAGCAAGUCAUUCUGUCGCUGAGGGCAAAGGACUCGAAGAAGGAACUGUUGGAGGUGAAGAACAGUUUGUUGUGACCACAAGAAACGCAGAGGGAGAGCAGUGUUACAGUAAACAUGACCGUGUAACGGUAGAGAUCACGGACGAACAAGGACGAGAAUGCGCGACGGAAGUACGAAUAAAUGACAAUAAGGAUGGAAGCUACAAAAUCUCUUAUUCACCCAAAGAUCAAGGCAAAUACAAAGUGACAGUAAAGGUAAACGGAAAACAUAUUUGUAAAAGCCCCUUUUCUCUUCAGGUUAAAUUGUUUCACUUAAGACCUGUUCUAUCUUUUGGAAAACAAGGUUCGUCUGUGGGAAUGUUUAAUUAUCCCUGGGGGGUGGAAGUGAAUGUCAGAGACGAGAUAGCUGUAACGGAUGGUUUAAACCAGAGGGUUCAAGUCUUUAAUAGUGAUGGAAAAUACUUAAGAUCCUUUGGUCGGGAGGGACACAACGCGGGUGAAUUUGAUUAUCCUACCGGAAUAACUUUCCAUAAAAAUGGAAAUAUUUUCGUAGCAAACAACGGAAAACAUCGCAUCCAGAUUUUCAGUGGGGAGGGUGAGCACGUGGGUAUGUUUGGUGGGUAUGGAAGCCUUGAUAGUCAGCUCUCUAAUCCUUGUGGUUUAUCUGUAGACAGUGAUGGAAAUAUCAUUGUUGCUGAUGCAGGUAACAAACUCAUUAAAAUCUUUUCUCCUGAUGGCAAGUUUUUAAUGAAGAUAGGUGGGCAGGGCUCUUUUACUUAUCCUAUCCACUGUGUUCAGUGUGAUAGAUAUCUCAUAGUGCCAGACUACGAAGAACAUUGUAUAAAGGUUUACGACAGAUAUGGAAACUUUCAGUACAAGUUUGGAAAACAGGGUGGAAGGGACGGGGAGUUAAAUAAGCCCUGUUUUUUGUCAGUGAACAAGUCAGGACAGCUGAUGGUCUGUGAUUCAGGUAAUAAUAGAAUACAAGUGUUCGAACUGAAUGGGAAGUUUGUUGGUAAGUUUGGAACAAAGGGCAGUAAUUUAGGAGAAUUUGGUUCCCCGCGGUCUGUAGCAGUUCUAAGUAAUGGCCGAAUUGUUGUAUGCGAAUGGCUUAACCAUCGCCUUCAGUUGUUUGAGUGAAAAUUUAGUUGUUCUUUUCAAAAAAAAGAUGAGACUGUGGCUAACAGAGGGGAAUGGUUAUGAAACCCGACAACGUUUUUUGUUGUAUGUUUUUGUUCUCUUUUUUUUACCUUGACUGAGCACAAAACAUAAUAGUUGUUUAGUACUGACUGAGGAACCAACCAACAGAAACGUUUUGGUUACGUAAUUCAUGCAUAGUGUAUGACGAAAAACAAAAGAUUGUACGUAGGCGUGGACCAUCCAAAACUGAUAAAUCUUGGCAUCUUUGUUUUUUCCUUUGAUUUUUUGCGGGAUUCAUAGUCAUUCCCCUCUUUCAACUUUGAUGAGACUGACCGGCUAUUAUUUGGUUGUUCAAAAUAGAUUCAUAUUUAUGUUAGGGUUUUAUUUUUAAAUGUCAUGUUUGUUUAAUUAGGAUGUGACACCUCUCUGUAACAGAACUGAUGAAACCAACCCUGGAGAGUUAUUUUGCCUCCCCUGGGGGAAUUUUGACGUACCUCUUCUCUGGCCAGGGUCUCUCUGGGCCCCUACAACUUUUUUUUAAAAAAAUCCCAGGUCAGUUAUAUUUCUUCCUAUAUAUGGUGUAGAAUGAAAUGUUAGUUUCCCUCGAGGGGCGUUUUCCCCUGCAAGAAAAUGCAACGAGUUUGCCAAUGAUUCCUUUCUUGUUUCUUCAGGUAUACAAAAAAACAAGCACAUAAAUUACGGUCAAUUUUCCGAACUCUCAAAUGGCGUUUCAAAGCAUCAAAAUAUUCGGGGACGGGGGGGCGGGGAGGGGACAUAUCCCGAGGGGACAUGCCCCAAAGAAGGCAAACUUGCGGGAAACCCUUGUAUUUGGUUAGGAUGAGUAGCUACACCCUCUUGCCGUUGCAAGAGCUAGAUCUGAUUAGAAAAUUAGUAUUACUGUAAACGUUUUUCUACCUGAAGUAAGUUUUAUUAUAUAACAAAAGACGGAAUUAAAUUAAAGCAGUUCACGUGAGUAGUAAAGAUAAACGACCAUAGAUUUAUUGUUGAG